AUGGCUGUUCAUAGAGGAUUGUACCUUUCCUUUCUUCUUCUGGUAGGAUUAGGGUUAGCUUCGGCUGCUAGAACUCUUCUAGAUUAUGAUCCACGCACACGCUACUAUGGUUAUGAUCGUCCUACUCCAAGAGUAGGGUACGAUCCUAGCCAUCGUGAUGAAUCGUAUGAUAAUGUAUAUGGUGGAAGCUCUAGUAAAGGACAUGGAAUUGGAGACUCAGCUCUUGGAGGUUCCGAACACGAAGGUGGAAGACAUUACCAAUAUGGAGGUCGAAACGAUGAUCAUGGGGUUGGAUAUGGUAAUGGUGGUGGAUAUGGAAGUGUUGGAGGACAUGGUGAUGGUUAUGGGAACAAUGGUGGUGGAGGACAUGGUGAUGGUUAUGGGAACAACGGUGGUGGAUAUGGAAGUGUUGGAGGGCAUGGUGAUGGUUAUGGGAACAACGGUGGUGGAUAUGGAAGUGUUGGAGGACAUGGUGAUGGUUAUGGGAACAAUGGUGGUGGAGGCUAUGGAGAUCGUUAUGGCCCUUCUCUUGGAGGUUCAGGAUAUGGAAGUAGUGGAGGUAAAGGAAGUGGCAAUGGCUAUGGAGAUUCGUCUCAUGGCUAUGGAAGUGGUGGUUAUGGUAAUGGAGGUGUGCAUGAAGGAGAAUAUGGUAAUAGCAAAGGAAGUGGAGAAGAAGGAGGUUAUGAUGGUGGAUAUGCUGCCAAAAACUCCAUCUCAAAGGAGAAUUGA